CGGUCUACCUCUGCGCUGCACCCACUACGACCUGCUGGUCGGUCGGCAGUGAGUGCCAGAGUUCAUUCCAGACCGUUCAGACCUCAGUUAGUCACGACUCGCGCGUAUAAUAAAGCAUGGCCCCGCCGGUUUGAGGUUUUGUCGACGUUUGUCAAACAGUGGCCAUAAAAUCAGUAAUAAUAUCUGAAAAGCCAGACGGGAAUUCGGCCGGUUUCGUUGGACGAUUUUGCGAUUUAUUCGUGCCGGAAUCAUCUUGUCGGUUGACUUCUACUUUGUUUGAAAAUGGUUCAAAUGCAGGUAACACAGACGAGCUCUCCGAGCAUCAGUACAGUCAUCGUGGAACUCGAUGGCGGCAUACAAAAUCCAGCCUGUCAAGAUGACCUCCAUGAGAAUUGUUAUUCGGAAAGACAAGACUGUGAAUCGAUGAGGAGGCCUACCACUAAUAAAUCUACGGAACUAUUGACGAUCCAAAGCACCGAUAGAUUGGACUGCACAGUCGUCGUCGGCAGCACCGUGGAUCCGACGGGGACAAGUUCCGGGUCCAAGGGUGCCCGCGAAAAGAUCAUGAAUGCUUGUCGAAGUCUUUGGCACUGGCGACUACUAAUCGACAUCCUAAUCGUCGUAACAGUGGUCGUCUUCAUCGGUGUCGUAGAAUUUGGAAUUUUCCCUCAACAGCAGAUCGGUUUUUACUGCAAUGAUCCAGGACUUUCUUAUAAAUUCACCGGGGAUACCAUUUCUUUCUCCGUUCUUCUGGGUGGCAGUAUUAUUUUGCCAUUGAUAGUGAUGUGGAUAGCCGAAUGGACCUGCCAUAAACCGGACAGCUAUAGGAGCUUGAGGCCAGGAUGCGUCGGAACCAGAGGAAAGCAGAUAUGGACGUGGUAUGGACAUUACACGACAGCAUGCGUCGCCAUAACAUGCAUACUUGAGUUAGUCAAAACUCUUGUUGGUGCACCGAGGCCCCACUUUUUUGAUACGUGUAAACCACGCGAGAUGUACAAUUGCACAGAAACGUAUGUCCAGUCUUACACAUGCACAAAUACGGAAAGCAGUGCCUGGGUUGUGUCUGAUUCAAGCAAAUCUUUUCCGUCUGGACACUCAAUUCUGUCAAUGUAUACCUCGGUUUACAUAAUUUAUUACCUCCAAAACCGUCUGCCCAGUGGAACGUUAACCACCCUGUUCAAACCCUGGAUGCAGUGCAUGGUUCUUUGCUGGGGCAUCGUCUGCUGUGUGACUAGAUUAAGCGAUCACAGACAUCACUGGUGGGAUGUCCUGGCUGGAAUUAUUAUGGGAAUCGCCGCUGGUUUUUACUGCGUCAAAGUGAAUUGCAAGGAAUUUGUUCUUAAAGACGAUAGCUCUGAUUGGGCUCAUGGUGAAUCUGUUGAAAACGGACACAACGGUUACGACAAUAGACGGCAUCAGAGCGUUAGGAAAUUAUUGAGUAAUACCAGCGUAGAAAAUCGCGAAAUGGGUGACGUCGUCACACCUAGCUGGAAAGAAUAAAUUGACUUUCUCUCAAUGUUCAGAAAUUGAGAGAUAGUUAUGAUUACCGAAAUUAUUGUUAUCUUUGUUAAAUGUGUGUAAAUGGAUGAUUGUGUGUAUUUAGUGAACUAUGUGGCUUAUACCCUACUUCAAUAUUUUAUGAUGAAAAACAAAGGAUCACUUGCCCGCUUGAAUUUUAUAGAAUGUACACUUUGUUAUUGUGAAUAUCUUUGUUUUUCCGCAACAUGGGUAUAAGUUUCGACAUCUAUGUGUGGACCAAUUACGUGUGAUAGAAUAUUGAUUUGAAAUAAUUCACUUGGUUUUCAUUGGCGGACCUCGGAUCAUUCAAAUUGAAUUGAGUAAAAUAACUCAUAGAUAUCUGCAAUCAAUUAAUUGUUAUUCUUUACUCGUUAAAAAAAUGCAUCACACAGGUCGAAUGAUUUGUUGUAAAUACUUGUAUAGAUUAAUAUUACGAAAUAAUUUAUAUUAGAAUGUAAUGUUAUUUAAGUA